UUAGGUCUUGCCAAGGCCGCCAGCGACAUCUUUACCGGUUGUCUCUUACUACCGGUAUUAGCUCAGCCUUACCCCGCACUCAAUGCUGGACCGGCUAUAUUCGUAUCUGUAUAGUCCCUUACCAUACGGACGUUUGGCGCUAUAACACCUAGCUGCUGUCUUCGCUACAAGUAACGGACCUCGGGCUCGCUAUUAGGCGCCAUGAGUUUAUAUGGAGACCUACCGCAAGCCAAAAACAGCACCAAUGAUGCUGGAGGGGCAGCGACAGGGUGGUCCGCUAUGGACCCGAAGCUCAUGCCCCCGCCAUCCCUAAAGAAGCCACCUGCCCCGGCCUUCAAAGCACCACCCUCAGUGCUCCGCGCUGCCGCUGCUGCGGGGGGCAACUCUGGGCCCGGAAGAGGGGGCCCUGCUAGGGGCAUCCCCAUCACCGGCCGCACCGGUGGCCGCGGCCCACCCACCCUCAUCACCGACGGUCCCCCGGCACCCGGCACCGCCGCCGCCGCCAACCCGGACUCCUCUCGGGGCGCGGGGACGCCGGGAGGCGGCUUCAGCACAGGCCUCCUGGCUACGCCCGGCGCAGCAGCAGCGACUCCAGGUCUUGGCGCCGCCGCCGCAGCAGCAGCAACGAACCAUGGGGCUAGCACACCUGGGGGGCCUGCUGGGGCUGCUGCUGCUGCGGCUGUUGGUGCAGGCGGUGUGGCGGGUUCGUCUUCUUGUGGGGUGUCUGGCAGCAGCAUCUUCACGCGGCAUGAUGGGCGGCCCAUUGAGGACGAGUACGACCCCAUGCGACCCAAUGACUAUGAGGAGGUGAUAGCAGCCCGGGAACGAGCUCGCAAGGCGGCUGAGGCGGAGGCGGAGCGGCUGGCCAAGCUGAAGGAGAUGGAGGCGGAGGCGGAGAGGUUGCGGAAGCAGGAGGAGGAUCGCGCCAGCAGUGCAGCGGCAGCCAGCAGCAGCAGCAGCGGAGGUGCGGGUGGGAUGUCAAUGGAGGAGUAUGAGCGGCGGCGGGCAGCCAUGGGCAUGACAGGCGACGACGCUUUUGCUCGGCGAGGCAGGAUGGCGGCGCCGCCUCCGGGGGCUGCUGCUGGCGGUGGUGGCGGCAUGGGGCCGCCGGGCGGGGAGGAAGGUGGUGGUGGAGGUGGCGCCAAGGGCAUGUCGCUGGCCCAGAAGCUGCUGGAGAAGAUGGGCUGGCGCGAGGGCGAGGGGCUGGGCAAGAACCGACAGGGUAUUUCCAACCCGCUGGUGGCUCAGAAGACCAACCAGCGGGCCGCGGUGAUUGUGGAAGCGCCGCCCGCACCCGGCAAGGCGGCUGGCGGCGGGCUGGGGCUGGGCAGCGAGGGGCCGGACGCCAAGCGGCCGAAGGGUGUCGCGCUGCCCGGCGUCCCCUCACGCGUCAUCUGCAUGCGCAACAUGGUGGGGCCGGGGCAGGUAGACGAGGAGCUGGAGGAGGAGGUGGGUCAGGAGCUGACCAAGUACGGCAAGGUGGUGGAUGUGCUCAUAUUCGAGGUCACCACACCGGGCUACGUGGAGGAGGAGGCGGUUCGCAUCUUUGUGCAGUUCGAGCGGCAGGAGAGCGCCACCAAGGCCGCGGUUGACCUGCAGGGGCGCUUCUUCGCGGGCAGGUUAGUGCGCGUCGCGUUCUUUUCCGAGGAACGGUUUAAAUCCAUGGAUCUUGCUCCCAAGCAGGGAGAGUUUGACUGAGGAGCAAGGUUGGGGUUGUAUAAUGUUGCGGUUGGGUGGUACGGCGGUUACCGGUACCUUGAAUGGGGGCUCGGUUUCGUUUGGAUGCGUAGGGGCAGGAGGUGUUUUCGUAGGAGGUGUGGCACGCAACAGUCUUGUCGCUUUGGAGGGGCUACGGAGUUGGAGGGAGUUCGUGUGGGUGAUGUCCGCGGGGAUUAGGCUCCCUUCGUCGGUACCCACGGGUCAAGGGCGCUUCUUGUGACAGGACUGUAAAACAGUAAAAGGAUUA